GCAACUACUAACCGUCCCCCAUUAGUUCCUUUUGGAAUGCCUCGUAUGUUAUCUUAUCCAAGGUAUCCUAAUGCUAGCAGUCAUGGUAUGCCUCAAGGCUAUCCGACAGCCUAUGGUUCGCAAUACCCUGAACGCAGAUAUUUCACACCUGGUGUUGUUUCCCUUACCUAUGGUGGUCAUGUGCCACACAAUUAUCACAAUGCAUCGGGCGACUGGCACACGCAAACAGAUCCAUAUCCUGAUAUGAAUACAAUGGGCUUACCACAACGUCCUGUAUUCAAUACUUUAUAUGGUAAUGUAGUGAAUGUGCAUAACCCACCAUACAAUCCAAGACUGACUGAACUUGCACAAUUUCGUGGGCAAUCCUCUGAAUGGUCAAUCAAUGCCUCUCGUGCGCACCACCCUCCACUACAAAGAGAAACUAUCCCUCCAACAGUUGCUAUAGAUUCAAGACAGGCCGUGCCCAUACCCAAUGAACUACAUUAUACAACAUAUGAAUACACACCAUCAUAUCGCCCCCUAAAUGCCUUAUAUGGUAAUGAGCAUCCUUCUCAAUUCAUCCCAAGGCCGACAACACCUUUACAAUUUCGAGUGCAGUCCUCUGAAUGGCCAAUCAAUACAUCUCAAGCCCCUCCAAUACAAAGUAAAGUGAUCCCUCCAGCAGUAGCUAUUGAUACGAAUCUGGCAUGCACUAUAUCUACUAGCUCAAUACAAAGUAGUGACUUUUGUAGUCCAAAAAUCAAUUCUGACUGUCAAUCAGACGAAGGUAGUCUAGCAACUAAUCAGGUUAAUGUACUGCCUACUACUCUAAUUGGUUCACUGCACAAUGAUUCGCCAGUAAUAUCUAGUCCGACAGCCAAAAGGUUGCGCUUAACUGAUAGUCCUGAUCCAUCUCAGUUAGCUGUUACUAGCCCUAGUUCUCAUAGUCAACAUUUUUCUCACGGCACUAUAGAGCGUUGCAGCCAAUUACCAGACCCAUCAGAGGAGAACUUUGCCUUUGUGUAUGAGAGACUCCACAGUAUUUGUUACAAAUGGUUUAAUCUUGGUCUAGCCCUUGGCCUAUUACCGUCAACUCUUCAGCGAAUUUCUGGUGACAAUAAAGAAAAAUGUGAAGUUUGUCUGCGAGAAACUCUUUUCGAACUAGUUCAAGUUAGACAGUUAACAUGGAGGGAAAUCAUCGAAGCUUUGAGGAAACCUACGAUUUAUGAAAACGAACUAGCAACAGAGAUAGAGUCAGAAGUGAUGAAUCCGCCUACACUAGCACCAAAUGGUUUGUCGAGAAAAAUCUCGUUAGAAGAGCUUUGUCAUCUUCCAGUGGAUAAAGUUUGGUAUCAGUUGGGUCUCUGGUUGGGAGUUGAAGAACAAAGGUUGAAUAAAAUGAAGAAGAAGGAUAAGAAACUAAAUUUAUUAUUUGGGGCUUUCUUGGAGCUUCCUUAUGAAUCUGCUGAUUACAAACGCUUAUGCAAAAGGUUCCCUGAUGACCGAAAAGAAGAAGCUCGAAGACUUCUUGAAAGUGAAAAGUAUGAAGACUUUAUUAAACUAUUUCCUCGAGAUAAACAAGUUGAUGCGAGAAAAUUAGUAGAAAUGUCAAAAUCUUUGUUUCCACGACUAAUCACUGCUCUUGUCAAAGUGGGAAAUAGGGAGAUGGCAGAGAAUAUUUGCUCAAACAGACGUAUAUCUCUGUGCCAUCUCACUGACAGUAAACCACCUCCUGAGUGUGUAGUGAUGUAUGCCGACUAUCUGAAGAGCAAGUACAGAAAGAUGUCUCUUCUACCAGAUCCUGACUGGCCCCCAAGCAUAGCUACCGAAGAGCACUAUACUAAUCUGGCACUAAUUCAGAAAGAAAGGAACUAUUCACAAGCUAAAAAGGAUAUAAGUAGUGUUUCUAAAGAUUACGUACACGGUAAUAUUGAUAGAAUCAUUGCCAAAAAGAAGAAAAUUGAUCUUGAAGAAGCAUUUUAUCCUAUUGUUAAUCCUAUGACAAAUGAAAGUCAAUUAACAAUCUUAAUGGAUGGUGCUCCAGGGGUCGGGAAAACUACUAUCACUAGGAAGGUGUGUAUCGACUGGGCAAAAGGUGACGCCCUUCCAGAGUAUCAACUUGUGCUUUUAGUUCCUCUUAGAAAGCUCAAGAUGAUAUUAUCACAAAAAGUUGAUAAACAAUUGCAUUUGUCCGAUAUCUUGCCCUCUCAUAACAAAGAACUCUUACAAAAGGUUGAUGAACACAUUAUGGAUGUAUCUGGUGCAAAAACUCUGAUAAUUUUUGAUGGUUUUGAUGAGCUUAGCUCUCAAGAAAGGAAUGUUAACACAGCAUCUCUUGUCAUAGACAUAAUAAAAGGUGAUAUACUGCAUCUUUGCUCUGUGAUGAUUACCUCUCGUCCUUAUGCUUCCCAGUCUUUAAGAAGUUUAAACCAAGUCAAUCGCCAUAUCGAGGUAUUGGGAUUUACUGAAGAGCAAAUACGUGACUGUGUGUGUAGGAACAUUGAAGGAAAGAAAGGAGAUAAAUUGAUUCGACAACUGCGAGAACGAUUAGAUAUUGGGUCACUUUGUUACAUUCCCCUGAAUUGUAGAAUUCUGCUAUUUGUCUAUAAAACAGAAGAUUUUAAUCUACCAUCUACAAUAACUGAACUGUAUGAGAUUUUUCUACUUCAUACAAUUAAACGGUUUGCUCAAAAGGUUGAAUUAGAAGAUAAUGUAUCUAAUGAGAUAUUUGCUGCAAAGAAAUUAAGUAAAAUCCCUUCUGUUAUUACGGUGCAACUGAAUGAUCUUUCAAAAUUCGCUUUAGAAGGAAUUGAGCAAAGUAUACUAGUGUUUGAUGAUGAGAAUCUAAAGGAACAUGUGUCUCUUGGCCUCUUAAACUCACUCCAUUGUUUUAUAACUACUGGUGAGGCUACCUUCUUUCAGUUUCUCCACUUAACCAUUCAAGAGUUUCUUGCUGCAAGGUAUGUAGCAUCGGAUGCCAUGACUGAUGAACAACGCAAAAGUUUCAUAACAUCAAACAUCGAGAAUGAAACGUAUAGAAUGACCAUCCUAUUCUUAGCGGGCUUAACCAGAUUCAGUUUCUUGAGCUCAGGUGACUCUCUACUGCAACCUCAAAGUACAUUUCUGUCAGGGUCAUGUGAAAAAGAACGAAUUCUAUUUUUGGCUCAACUUAUCUAUGAAAGUAAGAGCUCUUCGUUUUUUAUUUUGUCUGACCUCAAUAGAUGUUUGGAUAUGUCCGAUUAUCCUCUCACCAAGUUUGAUUGUCUUGUUCUUGCACAUCUUAUGUCUAAUACUCCACGAGACUUUGUCUGGGAGUUCAUUGAUAUGAGUAACUGUGGCAUCACUGCCUACUCCGUGCUUUUAAAAACUAAGCAUUCCGAACAUUCCAAGUUACCAGGUAUCGUUGUCUCAAAGAAGUUGAGAUUUUCUUAUAGAAAGGAAAUAAAUGUCAAAUUUAAUGGUGCUAUUCCGAUUGCAUCAUUAUUAGACCUUCUGUCCAAAUCCAAAGAUUCGCCACUUGAAGAACUAACGGUACCAGUAGUAAAGUUUGAAACGGAUAAAAGGGAAACGGAUAAAAGGCAUCAACAAAUAGUGCAACUCUCCCAAGCCUUAGUUGAUAGCAAGUCAUUGCAAGCAUUUGAAAUUUGUCAUAUAAAAGAAGCUUCAGUUUCUAAAGCCUCAGAGCACAUUCUGUCUACCACAUCUAAAGAGAAAUUUGUUCUACAAAAACAGCUGCUUGUCUGCUCAAAUUCUUUAGUAAUGCUAUUGAAGUUUGCUUCCCUAGAAAUUAAAAAGCUUAAAGUAAUAGGUGCUGAGCCAUUUAUAGAUUGCUCUACUUGUGGUAGUUCAGGUGAAGAUGCUGUGAAGAGCCUGUGUGAGUUCCUGGGAAACUGUACGAAUAUAGAGCAGGUAAAAAUCAGUGAAUGUUGCUUAAAAUGGAAUGCAAUACGAUCUAUUUUAUCAUCCUUGGUAAGCAGGAUUCAUAUUUUGGAAAACAACGAAGUCGGCAUUGCGUUUAAAGCCAAUGAACAUGAUCUCGAAGUUUCCAAUUACUGUGAUGAUCAAGAUAACAAAGGUUAUGAAACCUUCCUCACCAAUAUCAGGUGUGUAUUCCCACGCCGAUUCACUAGCCUGAGUGUUGAAGUUAGAGACACGGACGAGAAAGUUUUAGAGUAUCUCUCACAGAAUCCAAAUCUGAAAAUGAUUACGCUAACCCUCAAUAAAAUACCACAGGACAAAGUUGUGGUUAGGACAGAGACUUCAAACAGAAUGAUACUUAAACUAAGCAAAUCCCUGACAUCAAUACGAAUAAAAGGUCAUCUUCAAGAUCAUGGUGACAUUCUUGAACAUGUAGCCAGAGGUGUAUGUCAAAAUGACACUUUAAAAUGUAUGGAGAUAAUAGGUACAUAUGAUCGCGAUGGUCAUGGUCAGACUAUUACUGGACUAAACACGUUACUGAACUCUUUGAAAUCUACUCCAGUACAAAAGUUGCGCUUUGAAAAUAUUCUUUUCGAUAGUGAAUGUACCGAAGCAUUAUUGGAACUACUGAGACAUAAGCACCUGACUGAUUUAGCAAUGGAAGGACAUACAAAUUAUUUGACUUAUGCUAGUCGCACACCAAGAUCUAUAAUAUUAUUAUGCCAAACUCUUCAAAUUAAAUCUCUGACAGUACUAAGCCUUAAUGGCAACAAGCUUGAAGCAGAUGGUACUGUGGCAUUAAUAAAUUUUCUUCGUCUCAAUCCACAACUCACUGUCUUGAGAGCAUUUGAUUGUAAUCUGACUGAUGACCUAUUCACUGACACUCACUAUUGGGAAACCUCUUCCUUGGAAGAACUGAUCAUAAAUUGUAACUAUGGCAUUCGCAUUAAAGGGUGGACUAAUCUGUUUCAAAGUCUUAGGCAGAACACAUCACUGAUUAAAUUAAACUUCACUCGUUUACCAUAUAGUGACAUUGAUGAGGAGGUGUUGAGUGAAAUGAUAAUUUCCAAUAAAUCUAUUCAAUAUCUUACAAUUGAUGAUUAUCCCUAUAAUAGUCAACAUGACAAGUCACUAGCAAGAGCACUUGUUCAGAACCUCACUCUCAGAGAAAUUACAAAUAAUAGUCAACAUGACAAGUCACUAGCAAGAGCACUUGUUCAGAACCUCACUCUCAAAGAAAUUAUGUAUGGAAGUGGGUUUGACAGAGAUGCUGCGGAUGACCUCAAGAGAGAAAUACAAAAACUAAAAAGAGACAAGAACGUCACAAUAUCUCCUGAAUGGAAUCUAAAGAUACGAGCGGCAUAAUCAUUAUUACAUGAACAUUAACUAUCAUCUAAUCAUUACAGAAAAGCAAAAAAUGUAGUCACUCAUAAUUAUAUGUCUUUAAUUUCAGUUUUGUUUUAGUCUGCAUCAUCAUCACUUACAUCUUCAACAACAAACGGAGAACGUUGCCUCAGGCUUCUCUCUCCCAGCUGGUGGAGGGCAUCUACCAGUGGAGUGGUCACUACCCGAACUCGUCCACUCUCAAACUGUCUAACCCACGCCACAAACAACCGCAGGGGGUUGAUGUCACUAGGGUGUCCAGCAACCUGAGAAAAAGAACAUUAAUAGACGAUGGCAGACUCUUUUCCUGAACACAAAUGUAAACGUAUCGGACUUCAAUUUUCAAGUUACGACAAAACAAUACGACAGCAUCACAUAUUUUAUUGUUGAGCAAUUUAUGAAUUGUACGAAAGUAAUGCUUCUUAUUGCUGAGAAACAAGAUUCACAUAAUAAGCUCAAGAACUCCUCGACGAUGCUAGCCAGAAGAAGCAGCUGGAAGAAUGAAGUAGAAACAGUAUAGAGUAUAAGACACACAGUGUACGAUUAUAAUGUUGUUUACUUCAGAUUGCAACGUAUAGCGGGUAAUUUUAGAGGGCGAAUAUUUUUGCAGAUAAAAAUUCAACCAUGAAAAACAUGUUCAAUAUAAUUGAUCAUGAAAGUCGAUAUCCGUUAAUUGCAAGCAAAAUGGCCAAUUCACGAACAUUUAGACCCUACAAAAUUACUUGCCAUACAGUAUAAUUGUGGUUAUUAACUUAAUUUAAAUUGAUCUUUACCAAUUAUCAUUGACUUGAUAUUUAAUGUAUUAUGUCAACAAA